AUGGAAGCCUUCUUUGUUUCCUAUACUCCAAUUACAGCUAUAACUAUAUUUUCUGGUUUGUACAAACGAGUCUUGGAAAGGGAAUGGGCAGGUGAUCGUAAAGAAGAGAUCGAAAAUUUUGUCAAGUCUCAAGAGAGAUCUUUGGAUAAUAUACUAACUGAUGAAGGAAAUGAAGAGCGGGUGAUGCAACUUCGUAGCUUUGGUACUGGUGAAGAGUUAAAACGACGUAGGGCUGGUUCUAUAAUUUCUCCUGUUCCCAUCCAUCUUGCUGUAACUCAGCAAUUAGGUUUCACAGCAAUAGUAGCAGACAAAGACUUUUAUCAGAUCUUUGAAACUGCAAUAGUCAUAUUUGAUGACCUGUUUUCAUAUAUUCUAGAAAUUAUAGAUUGA